GCGAGUAUGACCAUUCGACAUCAACAUAUUCAUUUUCACAGCGACUUCACACCAUGAUAAUAUCAUAGUAACAUUCUAUUUCCUCCUUCCUACCAUGUCGACCGAUCCUCGAUUGGCCCGCCUCCAGGGCCGCACUAACACUCCACAACCUCCCAAACCGCAGACACCACCAGCUCCUGCUACAGUCGCGGUAGAGUCCCCUUCACAAGCAACACCUCCACAGGUUGACGGAAGCGUUGAUACGCCAGCACCAGUGGCAGCACCUGCAGAACAACCUGACACGUCGUUCAAGCUCAAAUUCUGCACAGUAUGCGCCUCGAAUAACAACAGAAGCAUGGAAGCGCAUUUGCGACUGUCGACCUCAGAUCAUAAAUACCCCGUAAUUUCUUUCGGUACGGGUUCGUACGUACGACUGCCUGGCCCUUCAAUCUCCCAACCUCAAGUCUACAAUUUCAACACGACGUCCUACACGAAAAUGUACGACGAAUUAAACGCUCAAGAUUCCAGACUAUACCGUAAUAACGGCAUUCUGAACAUGCUGGAUAGAAAUAGGAACAUCAAGUGGGGACCGGAAAGAUUUCACGACUGGGUUGUCGGCGCGGCGAGAAUGGAGGCUCUGAAUCGGGGAGACAAGGGCGCCGCCGGUGCCGAAGGAGGUGUGGUCGACGUCAUUUUCACCUGCGAAGAGCGAUGCUGGGAUGCUGUAGUGGACAAUUUGCUAGAUAGAGGAGCGCCCCUCAAUCGGCCAGUGCAUGUGUUCAACAUUGAUAUUAAGGACAAUCACGAAGAGGCACUUGUUGGUGGCGGAGCAAUCCUCGAGUUGGCAGAUGCUCUCAAUGAAGCUGCAGUACAAGAGAGGCAACUCAAUGGUUCGACUGGUUGGGAAAAUGGAACCGGAGUUGCACGGCAGAGUUUCGAUGAGAGAGUGCCCGAUAUCCUGGCUAGUUGGCAGGAAAGGUGGCCCAACCUUCCUGCAUUAUGGACUCUUUCUUGGUUCUGAAUAGGAAAAGGAACAAACCAGAUUUGCUAUUUAGCGAGGCGUUGGGGGGGUUGUUAUCCCAGUGGAACGCAAUGAAUAUUAUGAUGAGAUGCUAUACACCUUAGAGAGUGUCAAACGAUUGCAUGAAUUGAACUGGUUAAUGAAAUUUGU